UAUUUGAAUAAAUAAGAGUAACUAAAUAAGUAAACUGUUAGGGACUAUUUUCUCUCGAAGGGGCGGAUUAUGGCCGCCAUUAUAGAUGUCAGCGGCAAGCAGUGACGGCAUUUGCUUUGCGUCAGUCGGUUUUGUGCGCGGAUGAGUGAAUUAAAGAUCGCCGGGAUCGUUGGGCCAUUCAAAACCAUUAGAAAUAGUGAAUUAAACAAAGUUCAGGAUUUCAGAUAGUGUUUGCUUGUAAAAACUGAUACUUGGAAUUAAUCAUAGCGCACGUUUAAAUACUGAUAAAAUGUCGCAGCUACUACCCAUAAGGUUUCAGGAACAUCUCCAGCUUACAGCUGUUGGAAUCAACGCCAACAAUGUCAGCUUUAAUACCCUCACAAUGGAGUCAGAUAAAUUUAUCUGCGUCCGUGAAAAAGUUGGAGACACAUCACAAGUGGUUAUCGUUGAUUUAAAUGACACCGCUAAUCCUAUCAGAAGGCCCAUUUCCGCAGAUUCGGCUAUCAUGAAUCCUGCUAGUAAAGUCAUUGCGUUAAAAGCUCAAAAAACUUUACAAAUCUUCAAUAUUGAAAUGAAAUCAAAAAUGAAAGCUCACACAAUGACAGAAGAUGUGGUAUUCUGGAAAUGGAUUUCUCCAAAUACUCUCGCUUUAGUGACAGAACAAUCAGUAUAUCACUGGUCUAUGGAAGGAGAUUCAACUCCAACAAAAAUAUUUGAUCGCCAUGCAUCACUAAAUGGAUGCCAGAUUAUUAAUUAUCGCACCGAUCCUAAGCAAACUUGGCUGUUGCUUAUAGGAAUUUCUGCUCAACAUAACCGAGUUGUUGGAGCGAUGCAUCUAUACUCCGUAGAGCGUAAAUGUUCUCAACCAAUAGAAGGGCACGCGGCUUCCUUUGCUCAAUUUAAAAUGGAAGGUAAUGCUGAACCUAGUAAUUUGUUCUGUUUUGCCGUAAGAACUCUUCAAGGAGCAAAGCUUCAUAUAAUUGAAGUAGGCCAACCCCCGGCUGGUAAUGCUGCUUUUCCUAAAAAAGCAGUAGAUGUUUUCUUCCCUGCGGAAGCCAGCAAUGACUUUCCAGUAGCAAUGCAAGUUAGUUCCAAAUACGAUGUAAUUUAUCUUAUCACGAAGUAUGGAUAUAUUCACAUGUAUGACAUUGAAUCAGCAACUUGUAUUUUUAUGAAUCGUAUUUCUGGGGAAACUAUUUUCGUUACUGCACCUCAUGAAGCAUCUGGAGGUAUUAUUGGUGUAAAUCGUAAAGGACAAGUUCUUUCAGUUUCUGUAGAAGAAGAAAAUAUCAUUCCAUAUAUCAAUGGAGUUUUGCAGAAUCCAGAACUUGCUUUAAGAAUGGCAGUAAGGAAUAAUUUAUCUGGAGCUGAAGAUUUGUUUGUUAGAAAGUUUAAUAUGCUCUUCCAAAAUGGUCAGUAUGCAGAAGCAGCUAAGGUAGCCGCUAAUGCUCCAAAAGGCAUUUUGAGAACACCAGCAACUAUUCAACGUUUCCAACAGGUGCCUACAACUCAAGGUCAAACAUCACCACUUCUUCAAUAUUUUGGAAUUCUCCUUGAUCAAGGCCAGCUAAAUAAAUAUGAAUCUUUAGAAUUAUGUCGACCUGUUUUACUACAAGGUCGAAAACAACUGUUGGAAAAAUGGUUAAAAGAAGAUAAGCUCGAAUGCAGUGAAGAACUUGGUGAUUUAGUCAAACAAGCUGAUUUGACUCUUGCUCUAAGUGUUUACUUGAGAGCAAAUGUUCCCAAUAAAGUAAUUCAGUGCUUUGCAGAGACUGGACAGUUUCAAAAAAUUGUUCUUUACGCCAAAAAGGUGUCUUACACUCCAGAUUACAUAUUUUUACUCCGAAACGUUAUGAGAAUCGAUCCUGAUCAAGGUGUGGCUUUUGCACAAAUGUUAGUUCAAGAUGACGAACCAUUGGCUGACAUUAAUCAGAUUGUUGAUAUCUUUAUGGAACAGAAUAUGGUGCAACAAUGUACAGCUUUCUUGUUAGAUGCAUUGAAAAAUAACAGACCAAGUGAAGGAGCUCUUCAAACACGUGUUCUGGAAAUGAAUUUAAUGUCUGCUCCUCAAGUUGCUGAUGCUAUUUUGGGAAAUCAGAUGUUCACUCACUAUGACAGAGCCCAUAUCGCUCAACUUUGUGAAAAAGCUGGCUUAUUACAACGUGCUUUAGAACAUUACACCGAUCUUUAUGAUAUCAAACGUGCUGUUGUACAUACUCAUUUGCUCUCUGCUGAUUGGCUGGUUGGAUUUUUUGGAACUUUAUCAGUUGAAGACUCUCUUGAAUGUCUUAAAGCAAUGCUUACUGCUAAUAUCAGACAAAAUUUACAAAUUUGCGUUCAAAUUGCUACAAAGUAUCAUGAACAAUUGACUACUAAAGCCCUUAUUGAUUUAUUUGAAACCUUUAAGUCUUAUGAAGGACUUUUCUAUUUUCUCGGAUCUAUUGUUAACUUCAGUCAGGAUCAAGAAGUUCAUUUUAAAUAUAUCCAGGCUGCAUGUAAAAUUGGACAAAUCAAAGAAGUUGAACGAAUUUGCCGUGAGAGCCAUUGUUACAAUGCUGAACGUGUUAAAAAUUUUUUGAAGGAGGCCAAAUUAUCAGAUCAAUUGCCUCUGAUAAUUGUCUGCGAUCGAUUCGACUUUGUACAUGACCUUGUUCUCUACCUCUACCGUAAUAACUUGCAAAAAUACAUUGAAAUUUACGUUCAAAAGGUAAAUCCAUCCCGCUUACCGGUUGUGAUUGGAGGACUACUUGAUGUUGACUGUUCUGAAGAUAUAAUAAAAAAUUUAAUUUUAGUCGUUAGAGGGCAAUUUUCUACAGAUGAGCUCGUAGAAGAAGUAGAGAAACGUAAUCGCCUUAAGCUUUUACUUCCCUGGUUAGAAUCUCGUGUUCAUGAAGGAUGCAUUGAACCAGCAACGCAUAAUGCUUUGGCUAAGAUUUAUAUUGAUAGUAAUAACAAUCCAGAAAGGUUCUUAAAAGAGAAUCAAUUUUACGAUAGCCGUGUUGUUGGAAAAUACUGUGAGAAAAGAGAUCCACAUUUAGCUUGCAUUGCAUACGAACGUGGUCAGUGUGACAGGGAAUUAAUUGCUGUUUGUAAUGAAAAUAGCUUAUUUAAAAGUGAAGCGAGAUAUCUUGUGAGACGAAGAGAUCCUGAUUUAUGGGCUGAAGUUCUUAUGGAAAGCAAUCCAUACAAAAGACCAUUGAUCGAUCAAGUAGUUCAAACUGCUUUGUCAGAAACUCAAGACCCAGAAGAUAUUUCUGUAACUGUAAAAGCCUUUAUGACAGCUGAUUUACCAAAUGAGCUUAUAGAGCUCUUGGAAAAAAUUGUAUUGGACAGCAGUGCCUUUAGUGAUCAUCGCAAUCUACAAAAUCUCUUGAUCCUUACUGCUAUCAAAGCUGAUCGUACACGUGUCAUGGAGUAUAUUAAUCGUCUAGAUAAUUAUGAUGCUCCGGACAUCGCCAAUAUUGCAAUAAACAACGAAUUAUACGAAGAGGCCUUUGCAAUCUUCAAAAAGUUUGAUGUCAAUACAUCUGCUAUUCAAGUCUUAAUUGAACAAGUAAAUAAUCUAGAUCGAGCAUACGAAUUUGCUGAAAGAUGUAACGAACCAGCUGUAUGGUCUCAGUUAGCUCGAGCUCAAUUGCAACAAGGAUUGGUUAAAGAAGCUAUCGACAGUUUUAUCAAAGCUGAUGACCCAUCAGCUUACAUUGAUGUAGUAGAAACUGCACAUCGGACAUCACAUUGGGAAGAUCUUGUUCGUUAUCUCCAAAUGGCAAGAAAGAAAGCUCGUGAAUCCUUUAUUGAAAGUGAGCUUAUUUAUGCUUAUGCACGCACAAAUAGACUCGCGGAUCUUGAAGAGUUUAUUUCUGGUCCAAAUCAUGCUGAUAUCCAGAAAAUUGGUGACAGGUGCUUCGAAGAUAAGAUGUAUGAAGCAGCUAAACUACUUUACAAUAAUGUUUCGAAUUUCGCCAGAUUGGCAAUUACUCUAGUUCACUUGAAAGAGUUCCAAGGUGCUGUAGAUUCAGCUCGCAAAGCAAAUUCAACAAGAACAUGGAAAGAAGUUUGCUUUGCAUGUGUAGAUAGUGGAGAAUUCCGCUUAGCACAGAUGUGUGGUCUUCAUAUUGUUGUUCAUGCUGAUGAACUUGAAGAUCUGAUAAACUAUUAUCAAGACCGUGGUCACUUCGAAGAAUUGAUUAAUCUUUUGGAAGCUGCUCUAGGAUUAGAACGUGCUCAUAUGGGAAUGUUUACUGAAUUAGCAAUUUUAUACAGCAAAUACAAACCUCAAAGAAUGCGAGAACACUUAGAAUUGUUUUGGUCACGUGUAAACAUCCCUAAAGUUUUACGUGCUGCAGAGUCAGCACAUCUCUGGGCAGAAUUGGUAUUUUUGUAUGAUAAAUAUGAAGAAUAUGACAAUGCAGUGCUUGCAAUGAUGCAACAUCCAACAGAAGCAUGGCGAGAAGGCCACUUUAAAGAUGUAAUAACUAAAGUAGCAAAUGUUGAGUUGUACUAUAAAGCGAUUCAGUUUUAUUUAGAUUACAAACCAUUAUUGUUAAAUGAUAUUUUGUUGGUGCUUUCCCCGAGAAUGGAUCAUACACGAGCUGUAGGUCAUUUUACAAGAACUGGACAUUUGCAGUUAGUAAAACCUUAUCUAAGAUCUGUUCAAGCUCUGAAUAAUAAAGCUAUCAAUGAAGCUUUAAAUGGUUUACUUAUCGAUGAAGAAGAUUACCAAGGACUCAGAACUUCGAUAGAUGCUUUUGAUAAUUUCGACAAUAUUGCUCUAGCUCAACAGCUAGAGAAACAUGAGCUUAUCGAAUUCAGAAGAAUUGCAGCUUACUUGUAUAAAGGAAAUAACAGGUGGAAGCAGUCUGUAGAGUUGUGCAAGAAAGAUAGAUUAUUCCGUGAUGCAAUGGAGUACGCUGCAGAAUCUAGAAAUCCAGAGGUUGCAGAAGAAUUAUUAGAAUGGUUCUUAGAACGAGGCUCGAAAGACUGCUUUGCGGCCUGUCUGUUUUACUGCUAUGAUCUUCUUCACCCUGAUGUUAUUCUCGAGCUUGCAUGGAAACAUCGUAUUAUUCACUUUGCUAUGCCCUAUCUUAUCCAAGUCAUGCGUGAAUAUAUCACUAAAGUUGAUAAAUUAGAAGAAGCUGAAAGUAGGCGUGUAGAAGAAACUGAUCAUCAAGAACACAAACCAAUGAUAAUGCCUGAGCCUCAACUCAUGUUAACAGCAGGUCCAGGAAUGAUAGCACCUGGAUAUGCACCUCAAGCAGUUUAUGGAACUCCUGCUCCAGGUGUAUACGCACCACCAACAGCAGCUUAUCAAGGUUACGGUAUGUGAAACAAAUUUAACGAAACGUAUCAUGAACCUAAUCAACAAUAUUCACAUUUACUGCGAUUGAGCUAAAAUAAGAACAUGCGCCAUUAGCUCUUAGAUUUAAUUAAAUGCUGGAUUUUGAAAUAUAAAUACAGCAAAAAAUCAUUCAAUAUACAUAUAAUUGUUUCAUUGAUCAUAAACUUGAAAAAAAUGAGGAUAAAUACUGUGUGAACGUUUAAAUCGUUUUUGAUGGUGAUUUAAAUAUUAAAAUGAAAAAAUACUAUUACCUUCACAGUAGAACUAUUUGUCAUGAACAUUUUUUCGAAAUUCAAAUACCGAUAAAAGUUGCUAUCAGUUAUGUAUUGAUGUUUUAAUUUGAAAAUAUUAUCCAAUAAUUUGAAUAUUUUAAUCAUCAAUUCUAUGUACACUAAAUAUUGUUAAAGAAAAUAAAUAUAACUAAUUAAAGUUAUACUUUUUCCAGUACAAAGAUUAUAAAAGGAACAUUAUAGAAAUUCUGUCUUACUUCGUUGAAUUUAAGUUCAAUAAAUUAAUCAAAUGGUUAAAUAAUUAUUAAUUACCGAUUUUUGACGAUUAAAAAAAAUCAUGUAGUUUUAUCGGCUGCUCUAAGAAUUUCUUUUUGUUGAUAUGUGUAUAUUUAUCGAUGAACUACAUUGGAAAAGAUCGUAGCCUUGUUUAUCAUAGGCUUUUUAUGGUUUAUUUUAUUAUUUAGAUAUUAAUAAUAAUAUUUCUAUUACUAUUA